AUGUCUGCAAAUAUUCUAUAUGGGCUUGUAUAUAUGAUUAUACUCUUCUCUUUCAUCACUAUCAUGUUCAUAGUUAUACUACUGCUUUGCUAUUGCAGUGUUCACCCAUCCCUCCAAAUUGGCAACCUCGCAACUGCAGAACAAAAUGCAAUCACCCUCGAACUAGGCCUUGACGAAGCCACUCUAGACAAGUACCCAAAGCUCAUCUAUGCUCAAGCAAAGCUCCACAAGAACAAGGCCAACUCUACUGCAUCAUGCUGCUCAAUAUGCUUGGCUGAUUAUAAAGACACAGACGUGUUGCGGGAUUUACCAGAUUGUGGUCAUCUCUUUCAUCUUGAAUGUGUGGACUCAUGGUUAAAGCUGCAUGCUACAUGUCCUGUGUGUCGGAACUCGCCUCUAGCCAAGCCGGUGCCUUUGGAGGUGUCUCAUUAA